GCUGAAUUGUUAUUCACAAAUCAAUUCGAACCCCUUGAGGUUGCGAAUAUGAUAUACGAUAAAAAACGUCGUGACUUUGCAUACGUACGAUGCGCAGUCUAUGAUGUAUUAUCUAGUGGCGCGUAUAAAAAAACUGCAACCACAUAUAUACAAUUCAAGGGUGCGAAGGUGACUCGUCAGAUUGAGGUACCCAUAGACAGUACGUGCCCAAUAACGUGUAUUUACAACAAAGAUCAUUUAGGUACUGAGCGAUUGUCUCAGCGAAAGCUAGAAGAUUUUACAAGUCAUCCCGAAUCCUUCAGUUCGGCAGAAGAAUUCUAUCGCUUAUGGCGCGAGCAUAGAGGCCAUGAAAAUAGAAAAGGCUUAGCCGUGUUAGAUACAGUGCCACUGCGUCUGGCAAAGAUUACUGGUAGUGUGUCAAACGCAAGGAAUCUGAGGGCGAGAAGUAGCGACAAGAAGGAAUGGAAAUUGAGUGAUAGUAUAAGCAUUACUAGUUUACGGCACGCUGCUUCUAAGCUAUCUCUUGGAAGCAUUUCCAUACGAAAUUUACACGGCAGCAAAUCUGAAAGUAAUGUUUUGGACGGUCAAGUUUCCCCACGUACUAUGGUCUCACCUCACUCAAAUGAUGAUGAAAGCGUAGGACCGGAGGCGCUGAAAUUGUCUCCUGGAAGUUCUAGAUCUGAUCUGUCUAGUAGUGAAAGCGGCAGGGACUCGGGAUACAGCUCGUCGUCCCAGUCAUUUGUCUCAGAUUCACAUACUUCUUCUGGACCAAGGCACGGCCAGAAUGAUAUGGGCAUGAACUUUCUCAAUCCAAUGCUGUGGGUGUACCACCAGCCAGUCAGUGAAGAGUACAACUAUGGUAGUAUACAAAGCUUAAUUUACGGGAAGAGCCAUCAGUCAAAGCAGCAUACAUUCUUGGCAAAACCUGCACUCCGCCAUUAUAGCACUGCACCUGAUUUGCUAAACAACCCAUCUUCGACCGCAACUGUUCUUCAUCCCACUUUCUCGCACAAACCGUCCUUGAAGACCAUUCCUUCGUUCGAGAUAGAAGAUACAGACAUGUACGAAAACCUCAGCGCGUUCCAAGAUAUGCUGACGAUGCAAGAACUACACAAGAUACAAACGGCGUGAUAAACUAUUGGGAGAAAUACAUGUAAUAUUUAUAAGCGACAGGCGACGUUUUGAAAAGAGAGCUCGAGUGGGCAUCGAUCGGGGAAAUGCCUUUGAUACCGAAAUGAGGCUGGAUGACCUUGGAACCUCUAAGACUCGAGCUCGUAAUACACAGGCGUAUAAUACAGUGAGAGCGUUUUAUUAUACACAGGCGUAUAAUAUAGUAAGAGCGGUUGAUUCACGAACCGUCGGUCAUAAAAGGCUAUACAACCCUACACUUGCGAAGUUUUUUCAAGUUUCUGAUAAAAUAUACCGAGCAUUUAUAGUCCCUGCUAUGCUUUUGACACGCGUGCCUCGUGUGGACAAAUGUGGAGGCAGGCCUUUAGCAGUGUGUUUUGUUCAUUCAGGGUUAGAUAAAAAUUCACAGCGAUAGCUAACAGGGCCACUAACAGUACAAGGAGCUGUAGAACGGAUAGAGAAACCCGUCGAUUAUACCACAGUGGCUUCCUCACUGAUGUGUCCUGGAGUAAUAUGACCGAGGCGCCCAAGCCUGUGUGCGAAAAAGAGCAGAGAUUCAAGUGCCCUAAAAGACAUCUAUAUCUGUUUGUCAGAUGGGCAGGUCUAAGAGUGUCUUUUGAGCCUUAAUCGCAGCGGAUCCGUUUAAUUUACUACGACGCUGUGUUUUUGUGUUAAUAUUCGCAUAAAUAUAUGUUAGCUAUCGCAGCUUGCAGAACAAACCCAUGGAAUCGGCGCUUACAUUCGCCGAAUGGUCUGAUUCUUCAAUACAACAAUGGUAUACGAUAAGCAGCGGCUAUAAAAGGGUUGAUUGUUAUCCAG